AUGGCUUCUUCUUCUUCUUCUUCAUCUAAUCCUUCUUCGUCUAGUCAACCACAGAGAACAGACGAUGGCGAGCCCCUUUUCUAUCCUGACGAUGAGCCUCUGCCCUUCCAUGAAGCAUCUUUCAUUCCAGCUUAUGGCUUACCCAGAGUUACUGUUACCGACAUUCCCGAGCGCCCCUUUGUCAUUUCAACAGUUCCGCCGGAAAAAUUUAAUGUUCUUCUUCAGAUAAAGGCACCAUCAUUGUUCCAAUAUGGAAACCAUCCCCUGCAGCGCACUCCUAUUGAUCUUCUUAUUGCGCUCGAUUUUAGCGAAGGAAUCGGACAAUCAGCAUUGGGUCAUGUCAGGGAUGCCCUGAGGUUCGUAAUCGACAACUUAGGCCCCUCGGACAGGCUUUCGAUACUUUCGUCCUCUGCCAGGCCUGAAAAGGUUUUUCCCCUGCGCACAAUGUCCGAGCAAGGACAGAAAGCGGCAAAAGAUGCCGUUAACAGACUUGUCUUUGCAAAAGCUGCACCUAAUUUUGUCGAUCUUCUUACAGUUGCAGCUCUGGUUCUUGAUCAAAGACGGUAUCUCAAUCCAGUGGCAUUCAUUAUACUCUUGUCCGAUAGGAGAGACACUACAAGCACACUGCCGCUUGCCUUGGAGAGUACUCGAGAAAUGGCUAUAUGCGACCUUGAGGAAUUACCGUUUGCAGUCUAUCCUCCUCGCUCUGACAUCAAUUAUAUAAAUAGUUACUUUGAAGCACCCGUAUAUCCGGUCUACGCCUUUGGAAUUGGUAAACAUCACGAGCCUUUUGCGCUGCACGAAGUAUGUUCGGCAACAGGUGGCACUUACUCCUACUUGGAAAACUAUGCGAUUCUGCGGGAUGCGAUCGCCUGUCGCAUCGGAGCCCUGCUCAGUGUAGUCAAAAUACAGUUUUGUUUAACACUCUUGCGAGGCACUGCUGGGGUUAAUAUUCUCGACAUCUACUCCGGAGACUUCUAUAGCAACAUUUGCGAAGAGGAUAAAUCGAUAGGUGAAAUCAAAUUAAGGCACCUUUUCGCUGAUGAGACGAAAGAAUUUCUUAUCGAAGUGACUCUCCCGGAAAACAGCUUGGAGCUUAAGGAGACAUGCCUUGAUUUGAUCUGGACAUACAAAGAUUCUGUGUGGAAUGAUGGGAAAACACAGCUAUAUUAUGAUCAUGUCGACAUUCAUCGAACAUUAAUCGCCCCCCAUCCCAUGACAAACCUUGUUCACAAGGAGGUUAUACGGACGAGGGCAUGCCUCUAUUGCUCGUUGCGCAUUCACGACGCCAUAAGGACCUACGAAACCAAAGGGUUCAUCAAAGCGAGGGAAUUUUUGCGCAACCAAAUAUCAGAAAUUAAAGAAAGUGAAAGUGUUAGCAACGAAGACAAGCUGAGUGUUUGGAUGCUGAUACAGAUACAUGAAGUAGUAAGCACAAUGUUGGAAGGCAGCCGUUCGUUUAAGAAUGGAGGAAUUGCUAUGGCGCUAUCGACUCUGAGUUCGCACGACACGCAAACGACAACCAUUUCGGGUAACGAAGUCCCCGGCACUGAAGUUCACUUGUUCCAGCCCUACGGGACGCCCAAUACUAUGGCUAUGGUGAGGAAAUCGAUAUUACAACAACAACGUAGUUCCACUCGUUUACACCAUUAG